UCUCUCACACACACUCACACACUUCCUCUCCAUCAGUCUUGAGCAGCAGCAGCAGCAGCCGCCUCUCCUCAGACAUGGAGAGCUGGUAGAAACGCAGCAGCAGCGGCCGCUCUCCCCUCCUCUUCCUCCUCCUCCUCCUCCUCCUCGUCGCUCCGGUGGAUGCUGGAUGUACCAUGAGGUCUCCGCAGCUCUGGGCAGCUCUGUGCCUCCUCCUCACCGCCUCCUGCCGGCUCUGCGCGGCCGCCCGACACGGUUGUUUGUUUGAAAAGAAGCUCUGUCCGAGAGAUCAGCUGUGCAACGAUGAUGGUCUGUUUGGACAGUGCCAGCCUCCUCACCAGGAGCCCGUCCAGUACCAGGUGUCCGUACAAGUCCUGCACAAACUGCAGGAAGUCCUCAAAGGCCUGAUGGUGCAAGGUCUGACCUGGAGGGACGGCGUCACCCAGGCGAUCAUCAGCCGAGAGCUGAGUCGAGUUCCCACAGUCGGCUCCUCCUCCAAACUUGACGAGCAGUCGCCCAGACAGUUGUCCAGACUGUCGGGCCCCAGUCAGCGGAGGGUUCAGGGGCCCGAGGAUCCAGCAGACCCCGAGAUGAUGCAGCAGUAUGUGGACUACAUGAUCCUCGACCCCUCCCGAUCCUCCGUCCACAUGCAGACGCCUCUGCUGGACCCGUACACCUACCACCAGCAGCAGUACGGCUACCAGGAGGAGGAGGAACGCUCCCUCAACUCUCUGGACGAUAAUCCAGCAUUCCCGCUCCUCGCCGCCCCCUCUCGCUCCAGAUCCCGAGGAAACCCUCUGGAUAGAGACCGGCAGCUCCUCCAGGACCUUGUGUCCUUUUACCUCACCUCCCCUUCUUCUUCCUCCUCUUCUUCAUCCUCUUCUUCCUCCCCUGUGCAGUCCCUCUCCCGCAACAGAGGGGCGGUAGCAGCAGCAGCAGCAGCAGCGGGAUUUCCCUCUUCACUGUCUUCCUCCUCAUCAUCUUCCUCCUCCUCCUUGCCCUCCUCCUUCUUCCAGGAGCUGGAUUUCCCACUGGACUAUGGCGAGGACUACGUUUCCCAGAUGGCCCAGCUCAGCAAGCAGCAGCAGCAGCAGCAGGAGCAGCAGCAGGAGCAGGAGCAGCAGCAGGAGCAGCAGCAGGAGCAGCAGCAGGAGCAGGAGCAGGAGCAGGAGCAGGAGCAGGAGCAGCAGGAGCAGGCAAAGAAGAAGGCGCAGGAGGAGUACGACGCUCUCUCCGGACUGGACGAGCGCUCUCUGCAGAGGUUGGCUCUGCUGCUCGAGCACUACGGCCUCGACCUGAAGGAUCUGUCCCCCGAGCAGAAAGACAAUCUGCCGGCCGCCCUGAAACAGCUGCAGCUGGACAGCUCCUACGGCCACAAACAGACCAAAGAUAACUAUGGAAACAAUGCUGCCACAGGAAAGAAGCUCACAGAGGGUUCGAUGGCAUACAAGUUGUCUGCCCCCGCGGCUCCGGCCUCCACCGUCAGACCAGAAGGACUCCAGAAAGAUUCGAGUGCGGCAGCCAACCGGGACGGACCGAAGACUGAACCAGGAUCCAAGACUGACGAGUACGGAUACGUGGUCACCAAUCAGAGCCCCCUCAGUCUGAACGACGGGGUGCGACUGUUGGAGCGUCUGUCAGAGAGGAUCGGCCUCUCCACCGGCUCCUUCAUCAACAUCAGUGUGGUCGGACCUGCCAUCACCUUCAGGAUCAGACCCAACUCCAAGAACCUGACAGCUGCAGAUGUGGCAGAUAAAGCCGUUGCAGAGAAGAACUUCCUGGACUCUGAGACGGGCCUGAAGGUGCUGCAGGGUGGCGUUGGAGAGAGGAAUGAUGGGAAGGCUUUGCCCCUGGUGACCCGAGUCCAGCCCGGCUCCCGCUGGGUAUUCGCCACGCUGGUCGCCAUGGCGUGCAUUGGCGGCAUCCUGGUGGCGACCAUGACCAUCGCCUGUCUGCGUCACCACGCCCACCGGCUGGCAGCGAAGAAGCUGGGUCUGGGACCAGAGGGAGGCAGCUUCAGCCACCAGGAGUACCAGGACCUGUGUCGCCAGCACAUGGCCUCCAAAGGUGCCUUCGGACGCCUGGAAGCUGCAGCCCUCGGCGCCGUGGGAGGAGCAAGCGGAGGAGGAGGAGGUGUGGGAGGAGGAGGAGGAGGAGCAGGUGCCGGCGUCGGGGGAGCUGGAGGAGGAGCGGGAGCAGCAGGAGGAGGUGGCACCGACUCGAGGGUGAGCAGCGUGUCGUCCCAGUUCAGCGACGGAGCCCAGCCCAGCCCGAGCUCCCACAGCAGCACGCCGUCAUGGUGCGAGGAGCCGGCGCAGGCUAACAUGGACAUCUCCACCGGUCACAUGAUCCUGGCCUACAUGGAGGACCACCUAAGGAACAAGGACCGUCUGAUGAAGGAGUGGGAGGCUCUGUGCACUUACCAGGCGGAGCCCAGCGCCGUGUCUGUGGCUCAGAGCGACGCCAACGGCAAGAAGAACCGCUGCCCCGACUCCGUGCCCUAUGACCACUCGAGGGUGAAGCUGAAGGCGGAGAUCAACCCUUCACGCUCCGACUACAUCAACGCCAGCACCAUAAUUGAGCACGACCCCCGGAUGCCAGCCUACAUCGCCACCCAGGGCCCCCUGUCGCACACCAUCUCCGACUUCUGGCAGAUGGUGUGGGAGAAUGGCUGCACUGUGAUCGUGAUGAUGACUGCUCUGGUGGAAGAUGGAGAGAAACAGUGUGACCGCUACUGGCCUGAUGAGGGCUCAUCCCUCUACCACAUCUACGAGGUGAACUUGGUGUCAGAGCACAUCUGGUGUAACGACUUCCUGGUGCGAAGCUUCUACCUGAAGAACGUGCAGACUCAGGAGACCAGGACGCUCACUCAGUUCCACUUCCUCAGCUGGCCGGCUCAGGGCAUCCCCACCUCCACGCGCCCCCUGCUGGACUUUCGCAGGAAGGUGAACAAGUGCUACAGAGGACGAUCCUGCCCCAUCAUCGUGCACUGCAGUGACGGUACAGGCCGGACUGGGACUUACAUCCUGAUCGACAUGGUUCUCAAUCGCAUGGCUAAAGGUGUGAAAGAGAUCGACAUCGCUGCUACGCUGGAGCACGUCCGAGACCAGAGGCCUGGGAUGGUUCGCACCAAGGACCAGUUUGAGUUCGCCCUGACUGCCGUCGCUGAGGAGGUCAACGCCAUCCUCAAAGCUCUGCCCCAGUGAAACCAGUACGACCCAGACCAGCCUCCUGUCUGACGCACUGACGCUGCCCCCUGACUCUCGCACGCAUUCUCCUAUGUUACUUUGCCUUUUUUGUCUGUGACGAUGAUGAUGAAGAAAGAUGUUAUGCUUCUCUCUCUGCCUGUCGGGUGAUCCCUUCAAAUAUAAUGGUGAUGUCAAAAAAGCCCAAAAAAAGAACACAUUACUAUCAGACGACUUUAAGGUUGGGAAGGAUUUACACCGUCACCGCGAUACUUCUAAUCUGAUUUUUAAGUAUUUGUGGCACGUUUAUGAUGUGUUCAGGGACACUCAGAGGGAAAAAGUUGAAAUGAAAAUUAAAUCAGGAAGAUAAAAAAAAGAAGCUGUUUUAAUAAAAGCAUAUAAUAUAAGAAGGUAAAAAUAGUUGUUUUGUCAAUUUAACAAACUUUAAAGCUGUCAGGAACCCAAAACACAAAACAUUAAAGACACCUAGGCACAUUUAUAUAUAUAUAUAUAUAUAUAUAUAUAUAUAUUUAUAUAUAUAUUGUGAUAAUAACUCAAAAUGUUGCCAUGGAGCAGUUCAAGGAUGUAAAGAAUAUUAUUUCACUAUUUCUAUAAAUUAUAAAAUACAGAAGAAAGGUUUAAGAAAUAAAACCAAAAUACAGUUAAUUUACAGGUAAAGUGAUUUUAUUAAGUCUGUAUAGGCUUGUAAAUAAUAAUAAUAAUAAAUAUUAAUAAUUCACAGAUUUAAAGAAAUGUUAUGGUCUACAGACGUAAAUGAGAUGCUUUGUGAAAGCUGAUCGUCAGCACUUUCAGUUUGUCUCUACAGGACAUUUAAAUACAGUUACUAUGAAUAAAACAGUGUAUUCACUGAUGAACCAGCAGACUCCAGAGGGUUUAUAAAAUGUUUCUGUCAUGCCUCAUAAAUUAAAAACACAAACACUUAAUUCACCUGACUACUUUCCCACCCUGAAUGUAUUUUCUGAACCAUCUGACUGCAUGUGAACAAGUUUUAAACAUCAGAUUUCACUUGUGGAGAUCCAGUCUGAAGUUCUGGGAGCUAUGCUCCGAUUAACCCUUCCUAAGCCCCUUUUUGCUUUGAGCUCCAAUAACAGUCAACUUCCUCCUUUCCUGUACUUAGAUAUGCUACGUGCUAGGCUAACCUAUGCUUGAAGGAGGUGUGCUCAGUUUCUAUUGGAGCCAAAAGGGGGCGGGACUUAAGGUUCGAUUUAGGCCAGAUUGAAGCAGAAAUGUAAUUUUUCCUCUUAUAUGUGUUUGACAUUGUGUCGCUGUUGAGUCGUCAUGUUGGUUUUGGUCUCAACGAGGAAGCUAAAUUAUUAAAAAAUAUAUAUUUGAAAGCCAAAAAAGGCUUAAAAAAUUAUAUUUCUAAAAUGUCAAGUGAUAAGAAAUAUCACCAUUGGAAAGAUACUGAUGAAGUGCCAGAUGUUUUACAAGGCGGUUGGGGAAUGAUUGUUCACACAUCCUGCUCGCUCCGUAGCUUCCCUUCCUCUCCACUAACACCUCCAGAAAAGACAAACGUACAGCGUCCGUCUCUUUGUGUGCCAUUCAGAUUGUUAUAUUGUUGUAUACCUCACGCAAGUCAGAAAAUGAAUAAAAAAAAUACAAAAAAACAAAACAAGAAAUGCUGUUCUAUGAAAAUAUGAAAAGCUAUUUUGUAUCUGUGAGACCUUAAAUAAAUCUUUUCGUGUUUAAGUGCUGCAA